AUGGAAGUCUCUAACCGCAUGACUCAUGCGGAAAUCGACCACAUUAUGACAAACAGAAGAUGGUGCCUACUUGACACAUCGGUAGUCCCGUCAUUCUGUACUGGUUCCGAUCACCGCCUUCUUUGCGCGAGGAUUCGAUUCAGCCGCAAGUUGGAAACCAGCUUUCUUCAUCGACCACGAGGAAAAAGUCCAGCUGUAUACGACGAAAACAUUCUGAACGAAGUCCUAUCCAAACGUGACUGGCAGUUUAAAGAAGACUCGACGGAAGACUACGAGCUGCUUGUCGAAGGACUGAAAAGCUGCGCCGAAUUCGCCUCAGUUCCUCAAGCAAGAAAUUGA